UUCACCACUUUCCAGUAAACCUCUGCCUCCGCAGCUCGUAUAUUGUCAAGAACUAUUUACAAUUGUCACCUGUUUGCUUACUUCUUGCUUAUUCACUGUCGUGUGCUAAUGCUUUAUAGACGGAUGGCGAGCGCAGACAUUAAGACCGCACUAGAAGCAACCCUUCGUCGCAUAGAGAUUGCUUUCGCGCGAAGGCCAAGUGAUGUCACGACUGCAAAACCUCGGCUUGUUGCAGUGAGCAAGACAAAACCUGCGGAGGAUGUCGUGGAAGCUUACGAGGCCGGCCAGCGCCACUUUGGGGAGAAUUAUGUACAAGAGCUUGUCGAGAAGGCUUCCCAUCCGGCGAUCCUUGAAAAAUGUAAGGAUAUCAAAUGGCAUUUUAUUGGACAUCUGCAGACAAACAAGAUUCAGAAGGUGAUAAAAGUCCCUGGGCUUGAAAUGAUUGAAACUGUAGACAGCGAAAAACUUGCAAACAGUUUAAACAAAGCCUGGGAUCAACUUGAAACUGAUAACAAAAAACCUCUGCAGAUUUUAAUACAAGUUAAUACCAGUGGAGAGGAGGCAAAAAGUGGUGUAAAACCAGACGAGACUCUUUCUCUUUAUCGGCACAUUGUUGAUAAUUUACCAAACCUUCAUGUAAAAGGUGUGAUGACUAUUGGCAAAUUUGAUCAUGAUUAUGCGACAGGUCCGAACGAAGAUUUCGUUACAUUGAUGCAAUGCCACACCGACAUAUGUAAAGCAAACAACUUAACAGCUUCAGAUGUACUUGUAUCUAUGGGAAUGUCGGCUGACUUUGAAGAAGCGAUUAUCAUGGGUAGCUCCAUAGUUCGGGUUGGAUCUUCUAUUUUUGGAACCCGACAGAGAAAAAGUGAAUGUUGAGACGCUGAUCUAUGCCAUGCAUUGCUUAACGUCACCAAUUAGCUUGUUAUGGGGCUAGUAUUCCCAGUUUUUUAUUAGUUCUCUACUUUUAGUGUUGUUGAUAUAGAUUAAAUAAUCUGUUGUAUAAAUUUUGGUGUAAAACAUAAUAUGUUUAAAGUAAAUAUGGGGAAAAUGAUGUAAUUGAUGUAAUUAAAUUUUUGCAAUAAUCAUUAGAAUAACUUGCGCCGAUGCCUCCUGAGAGGUGAUAGAGAGAAGAAGAUAUGUCUAUUUUUAAGAUGACGAAUAUAUUCCGCUUUCCAGUGGAAUUUCCAUCGAUUUAAAUUCUAGGGAGGGAAUUUGGGCCCCAGGAAAUUGCACCGUCAAUCUCAUUAAAAUCUAUUCCAGACGAGAGAAAACACUCUACCACCACAUAACUCAAACUGUAUGUGGACUAUCAGAAGCAAAACUAAGAAAUUGCUGUUGAUUUUUUGUAAUAAUUUUCAAAUUUCAUUGAAAUAAAGUUGUUUGUCAUUACGCAAAAA